AUGUUUUGGAGAUUCGGUUUAAACCAUUCUGCAAUCGAUGGACUUUUGGAUAAAGAAGACUUAACAUUGGAAGAACUAUUAGACGUUGAAGAUUUGCUGCAAGAAUGCAAAGCACAUAAUAGCAAAUUGAUUGAAUAUCUUCGAAAUCCAUCGAUUCUUUCUCAACUACUUGGUUACAUAAUUCGUGAAGAUUUGGAAGAUAGACAAAAAUACAAAUACCCAUAUAUUGCAUGUGAAAUUCUUUCAUGUGAGAUUUGGCCAAUUUAUGAAGCGAUUAUUGAAAACAUGGAUUUACUUGUUUCUUUUUGGCAACUUUUGGAUCGUCCCCCUCCACUUAAUCCUUUGCAAUCAAGCUAUUUUUCAAAAGUUAAUACUGUACUUUUACAAAAAAAAAUGAACGAGAUGGUUAAAUUCAUUCAAUCAAUUCCCAAUGUUAAUCAAAAAUUUUUAACUCAUAUGGAAACUUCAACAAUAACGGAUUUAUUACUUAAAUUAAUUAGUGUGGAUGAGUACCCAGAAGGUGCUGGGGUUAUUGAUUGGUUAGAUUCCGAAGGAUUAAUUGAGGCAUUAGUUUCUAAGUUAGAUCCUUACCUUGAUUCUGAUAUCCAUUCCACAGCCGCUCAAGUUAUAAAUGACGUCAUUGGUAUUUCUCAAUCAAUUAAUACUGAACAAGGGGGGGUUGGUCCAAAUGCUUUAAGUAGAAAACUUAUAAGUGAAAAGACAGUGACUAGAAUUAUCGAUUAUAUGCUUGAUCCUGAGGCACCGAAUUCAACUUCAACAUUAACAAACGGAGUUAGUAUUUUUAUUCAAAUUAUUCAAAAGAAUAAUAGUGAUUAUAAUGAAGAAGCCAUGUUAUCUUUAUCCCCACAUCAAUCACAUCCAGUAGUAGAUUUAAGUGAUAUGUUACGCGUAUUGGCUAAUCGUAUUGGAGAAUUUAAAGCAUUAUUAUUAAAUCCCAAAUCUGUGACCAGUCAAAUUGACACAACGAUAGGUAAAAUGGUGCCACUUGGGUUUGAAAGAUUCAGAAUUUGUGAACUUUUUGCGGAAUUAUUACAUUGCUCAAACAUGAGUUCACUUAAUGUCGUUCGAUAUGACUCAUCAUCUAACGGGUUUUAUGAGUUAAAGCAUACUGAAGAUUAUAAUGAUUAUGGUCAACCAUCUGAAGUUGAUGCUUCGGAACAUUUUCAAACAACAGAUAUUGAACCACAAACUUCGAAGGAUAUACAAUUGGAUCAAUCAAGUAAUUCUGCUACCGCUACUUCUCCUAUACCCAUGGAAACUGAACCAAUAAAACCUCCACCAGGAUUAGAACUUGUCUCACAACCAAACAGAUCAAGUAGCCCGUCACCUCCAGAACUACCAGUUGGUGAUUUGCUCAAACUCAAAUUUAUAGAACAUAAAAUCAUUCCUACAUGCUUGGAUCUCUUUUUCAAUUUUAAAUGGAAUAACUUUCUACAUACUGUUGUGUACGACAUGAUUGCUCAAAUAUUUAAUGGUCGAAUGGACAUUGGAUAUAAUAAAGAUUUAGCCAUUUCAGUGUUUGUUGACGGAGAAAUCACUAAACGGGUUACCAAAGCACAAAGGCUUAAUGAUUAUGAAGUCGAACAACCAAAAGGAGUAAGGUUAGGCUAUAUGGGUCAUUUAACUGUUAUAGCAGAAGAGAUUGUGAAAUUAAUGGAUCGAUUUGCAGUAGAGAUUGGAGAAAAAGUGAGAGAAUAUAUUGAAGCCGAGGAUUGGCAGGAAUAUGUAUCUAAAACGUUACGUGAAACAAGAGAGCGAGAUCGUGCUCCACUAGGUGGACAAAGACCAACUAAUCAUGAUAGUAUGUCACCAAGUCGUGAAGGAAGUGAAGACGACGAAGAUGAAGACGAUGCUAUUGAAGCGGUUGCAGAUGGAGAUAUGGCCGAUGAUCAGUUUGCAAGGUAUCUUUGUCAGCAAAUUACCAAUGAUUUACCAGAUAAAUUUGGUUCCUCGGAUGAAAGCGAUGAAGAAGAUGAACCAUGGAUGAACGAGGAUUUUGAUAAGGAUACUGAUUUCGAGAUGCAAACACCACCAGCAAAUAUGAUCGAAGAGAAUGAUAUUUUUGAAAACAGGCAAUCGGAAUUUGUUGGUGAAAAUUAUGAAGAGGAUAAUACAGAACCCGUCACUGAGUUACCAUAA